CGUCCCGCUCCGCGCAGGAUGGGCCGCGGCCGCCCGGGCCUCCCCCGUCCCGCCGCCGUCCAGGGUACCGGCGGCAGCAGCGCCGUUAGCAAGAGCUCGGCGGCGGCGCGGGGCUACAUCCAGGACCGGUUCCUGCGGCUGCUGGCGGGGCGGCGGCGGCGGCGAGCCCCUCUCAUCCACCGGGGCUAUUACAUCCGCGCCCGUGCUGUAGAUCACUGUGUUCGAGACUUCCUGCUGAAGACCCAAGGCCACCCAAGGACACAGAUCGUGUCCUUAGGCGCUGGCUUUGACUCCUUAUACUUCCGUUUGAAGGACAUAGGUCUUCUGUAUCACACUGUGGUAUAUGAGGUGGAUUUCCCAAAUGUGGCAUGCCAAAAAGCUGCUCUCAUCAAAAGAACGAAGGAGUUGUCAGCACUGGUGGGGGAUACUGGAGGGGAAGGAUUAGGAGUCAUUACCUUUUCUGGAGAGGAUUAUAAAUUAUUGGGAGUGGAUUUAUCAGAUCUGUCUGAGCUGGACAGAGCGCUGGAGAAAGCAGGACUGGAUAAGGACAUCCCCACCCUCUUCAUAGCAGAGGUGGUGCUCACCUACAUGGAAAAUAGCAGGUCGGAUGCCGUGAUUUGGUGGGCAGCAGAGCGUUUCUCUCGCGUGUGCUUUCUGCUGUACGAGCAGAUGCACCCAGAGGACCCCUUCGGACGUGUCAUGCAGCAGCAUUUUAGCCAGAUGAACUCCACACUGAAUUCUUUGGCACAGUACCCAGACUGUGAGGCACAGCAGAGGCGCUUUUUUGAAAAGGGCUGGACUGAGUGCAGUGUCAUGGAUAUGAAUGAGUUCUUCACAUGUUGUACUCCAGAAGAUGAGCAGAAAAGAGUGCAAGCUCUGGAGCCUUUUGAUGAAUAUGAGGAAUGGCAUCUGAAAUGUUCUCAUUACUUUGUCCUGACUGCAUCAAAGGGAAUGGAACCUUCCUGGACUCCAUUGUUACCCAAUAUGACAGUUCCUCGUCGUGAUGGUCCUGUCGGGACGGGUGGGAGCAUCCCUGCAGCAGUGUGUCCAGUGCACGCUGGAAUCUCUGGCCUGAGACGUUAUGGUCACCACUCUGUUCUUAUAAAACCCAAUGUGAUUCUCACCACUGGAGGCUUUGGGGAGGAGGAUGGACAUCACUGCCGUAUGAGGAAUUUUCAUGUGCUGAUUAAGCAUGCAGGCUGCUGGAAAGCUGGCUGUGUGAGAAAGGAAAGCCCUGAUAAAAGAUGGGAUGAGCGGUUGUACCACACUGUGUCCUGUGUCUCCAACGGUCUGGCCCUGGUGGUAGGAGGACGAACAUCCCCAUCAAGCCCAGGCUUGGGAAUGUCGUGGCUCAAGUUCCCCGAGACCUGUGAUGCCUUGGAGCCAGAGGAUGUUACUGUGGAGCUUGUAAGUGUGCAGCCUGCUGCUGAGCCAGCUGCUUUGCGCUGGAGACACAGCACAACUGAAGUCACAUUCAAAGGGGAGAACUACCUGUUCCUGUAUGGCGGCCGCUCUGCUGCAGAGCCUGUGCUUGGGGAUUGGUGUUUCCUGCACACUCGGCAUCUUUCCUGUACUGAGAUUCCUGUUGAGGGUCCAGGACCAGAAAGCCGUCACUCUCACAGUGCCUGUAGCUGGAAAGGAGGAGCACUAAUUGCAGGAGGUCUGGGAGCAGCUGAGCAGCCCUUGGGUUCAGUUUUCUUUCUGAGGGAGCUUGAAGGUGGCUUUCAGUGGCAGACAGUAGAGACACAUCCUCCUCUGAUCCCAAGGUAUUCACAUACUGCACAUGUGCAUGACGGAAAACUUCUGCUUGUUGGUGGGGUGUGGUUGCACUCUUCUGUGCCAGGCAUCACCGUCGUUGACUUAAUAACUGGUCUCUGCGUGGACUAUACCAUUAAUGUGGAGCAUCUGGAGUGGCCAUUAAUGCUACAUAACCACAGUAGUGUCUUUCUGCCAAACGAGAAGGAGUUGUUGCUUAUUGGUGGUGGUGGGAACUGCUUCUCCUUCGGGACACACCUGAACCCAGAGCCUGUCUCAUUGAGCCUCAGCAGUAUCCUGGCCAGCCACUGACUGGGACCAAGCAGGACUCAGCCGUGCUGCUGCACCUAUUCACUUGUAGGUCCAGGAGCAGCAAAACCUUUCCACAAAGGUUUUGUGUCCAGAAUGCUUUUGUAAAGGUGGGCUUAGGAGGGACAGUUAUGGCCAGGGGCUGCAUACCUCGUCUGCUGCUCCUGUGCCUGCUCUUCUGUCUUUAUUGAACAGUGCUUAAACUCUGUUGAUUCUGCAUCAGCUAACAUUUGAACUUUUCUUCUGUGCUUGGGAAGGUGCCUCGGGGAGGAGACUGUGCUUGGAACAGUGUUUGAGCACAACAUUCAAACGAGGAUGAUGUUCUUGAGAAGAGACAUAUGCUUCUGUCUCUAUGUCUUUUAUACAGAACGACCAAAUUAGUCCAGGGAGGUUUUUGUUUUGAGGGAACCGCCGUGGAAAACUACUAGACAGAGACUCCUUGGAGCAUUAACUAGAAAAGGAGAAAGGGAGAUCUUUAAAGUCCUACCAAAGCUGGUUGAGGCUGCUGAUUUGGAUCCAAAAAUCAGAUCGCCUUUAGAGUC